AUGGAAAUACCAAGUAGAGAUGAACGUCAAAUUGAUCAGCCGAGCACUUCAUCUUUAGUGUCUGAUUUUGAUUCGAUAUGGUUGGAAACAAUUUUAAGUGACCAGCGGGUCCAUGUUGGAACAAGGUUUGAGAACGAUGUUUUAGAAGAAACAAGUCAAUUGAUCAAAACUCGGCUAAGAUCGGUCGUAUCGAUGGCAAAGGUGUUUGCAAUUCAUGCAAGGCGCUCGCAAUUGACAGUGGAAGAUUUCAGUUUGGUACGUGGAAACGAGGGAGACCAGGAACCACUAGGGCGAAAGCAGAAAUGGAAUGCGCCACUAUCGUCUGGUCUCGUGUUUCCUUCAAAUGACACACAAAUAAACCCAUCAUAUUGCGUGGAUCUUCUUUCCCAUUUUCAAUCUCCUGGAAUUAAGCUGCCAUCUAAACUACAACUUAAACGACAUUGGUUGGUGAUUGAAGGAAUCCAGCCAUGCAUCCAAGACAAUCCCACAAUCGAAAAAACUUGCGUUUUCCGAAGCCCAGAGGAAAUCAGUGAAUCAAAAAAUUCUUUAACUCUUGAGGAAACGAAUCGAUCGCUUGAUACAAUUUAUCAUAUGGGAGCGACAAAAUAUCUUUUGCCCACGCCGAAUGGUUUACUGGAAUUAAGUCAAAGUUCUAGCAGCCUGAAAGAGCCUACAUCGCAUCUGAAAUCUUUGCCUUGGAUUCCAGCAUUAUUUAAGUCAAUCGAAACUUCUCCGGUUAAAGACGAUCGAGAACGGGCGAAUGAAUCAGGAAAAAGUUCAUACACCAAAACCCAACUCGUCAAUCACCCACCAGCGUCACAAAAGGUACUGUACCAUUUAAUUUUGUCGAUGCUCAAUGGCGACGACGAAGAUGAACAAAAGGUUCUUCAAAUUUUGGCGACAAGUACUGGACUGCAACUUUUGAUUCCACGACUUAUCGUUUACAUUUCGGAAGGGACAACUCGUCUUUUGAGAGUUGCGGAGGCAAUUAUAGCAAAUCGAAGCAAUGAUCUCAGCAAAAUGUUAUGUGAUCUAAUGCCAGCUAUGAUUUCUUGUAUUCUUGCUUCACGUCUUUCUGAUGACCUGCUUAAUGAGGAGCAUUGGGCACUGCGACAAGUUUCUGCAAAUAUAUUGGUCGAUCUGUGCCAGAAAUAUGAAGAAAACGAUAAUCUUACCCGCCUUACUCACUUGUUGGGCGAUCAAUGGAAAAAUUCAAAUGAUGUCCCGUUGCCCACUUUGUAUGGAUCUUUGUAUACACUCUCGCUUUUAGGGACGCAGACAAUGAGUCAACUCUGCCUGCCAUAUUUGGAAACUUUGUCAAAACGGUUCGAUCAUAUUACGAAUAAUUCAAUGGAUGAGACGGAGAUUAAUCAAGCAAAAACUCUCCAAAAAAUGAUUGUGACUGUCUUCUCUCAAUGGGUAAUCGAACAUUCGCCGACGACUUUAACAACAAUUACGGAGUUCAUUUCUACCUUCGGAAAAUUUGGCCAAGAAAUAUAUGAAACGACGUCAGAUGCAAAUGUGCAUUUAAAUUUGAUUAAGCCCCGCUAUAAGUUUUCCGUGAUAAUUCAGGAAUACACUUCUUUAUCAUCGAAAACAAUUGGCGAACGAGAA